UUUCCGAGGCAACGAAACGCUAAGCACAAUUAACGCGAGGAAGACUAGGAUCCCAUUCAGCGUAAACUAGUUAAAACUAGUUUUUUUAUUUUCAUAGUAACUUGUUUAUAAAGUUAAAAAGGAGUCACGUUAAGAGGAAACAACGAAAAACWACUCAGCAUGAGUCGGAACUGGGUGUACAGAGAGCAGCAGCGGCGACAGAUUCGGGAGAUACACAGACAAGACGACGCCAGACGUGUGGAGAAAGAGCGGCAGCUGCUGGCCGGAAUGCGGGAGGAGGCGAGCUCUGAGCGGAGGAGGCACCAGCGGCAGGUGCAGCAGGAGCUCCAGGAGAGGCAGACAGAGCUCAUUCUGCAAAAGGCAGAGGAGGAGAGAAUUGACAGAGAAAAACAGCUUGAACAGGAAGAGAGGAUGGCCAAAGAGCUGGCCCGCAUCGACCACGAGAAACAAAAAGAUGAGAAGCUGAGGCAGUACAUCAGAGAGAACAGCCUGGAGCUUCGAGAGCUGGAAGCAAAACUGAAGGCAGCGUAUCUGAACAAGGGCCGAGCUGCACAGAUUGCUGAGAAAGAAGUUUUGAUGAUUGAGACCAAGCGUGAAGAAGCGGACUACGCUCGACAGAUGAAGRGUGAAAAUGAACGAGCGGCCGCGGAGCAGCUGAGGCUGGAGCAGAAGCGUCACGAGGAGCUGCUGGAGUAUCAGAGACAGCUGGAGCAGCAGCUUGUGGACAGGGAGCGCCGGAGACAGGAGACCUACGAGGAGUUCCUCAGAGAGAAGCUGCUGGUGGACGAGAUCAUCAGGAAGAUUUAUGAAGAGGAAGAGACAGAGAGAGAGCUGAAGCUGGAAAAGGCCCGAGUCACUCACCAGUACAUCCAAGAGUUUAAAAGGCAGCAGGCCGAGUGGAGGCGCAUGGAGCAGGAGAAGAUGGAGGCCGAGAACAGACGGAUCAUGGAGUUCACUGAGCAGAAGCAGAACAUGGAGGAGACCAGGAUGAAGAAGAUCAGAGAGCGGGAAGAAGCCAAGGAGCAUCUUUAUAAGAAGCUGUAUGAGAAGAUGGAAGAGGAGCGGCAGCAGCGUGAAGAGAUGGAGCAGAUCAGAGUGGAGCUGUCUUUGGAGGAGGAGGAGGAGGCCAACAGGAAGAGAGAAAUUGAGGAGAUGGAGAAUAAGAUCCGACAGAGACUCAUGCUGCAGCAGACCUUCCAGGAGCAAAUGGCGUUUAAGGAGAUGAAGAGGCAGGAGGAGAAAGAGGAAGAGGAGGCCUUCAGGCAAAAGAUGAUGGACAAGUUUGCGGAGGACGAUCGGAUCGAGCAGAUGAACGCUCAAAAGCGUCGAAUGAAGCAACUGGAACACAAACGUGAGGUGGAGAAACUGAUUGAGGACAGAAGACGGGAACGUGAGGCUCAGAGGGAACUGGAAGCUAAAGAAAGAGAGAUGGAGCAGAAGAACGAGGCGCUGCGUAGGCAGAUAAUUGAGGAGGAGAGGAAGAAACUUCUGGAGCGUCACGCAACAAAACUCUUCGGAUACCUCCCAAAGGGCUUGCUGCGUGAAGAUGACCUGCAACACUUUGAUGAGGACUUCAGAAAACAUUUCGAGCCACCCCAGCCUGAUGCCUCCUCAGACGAGGACGACUCAAAGCUCCUCCUCCCGUUCGCCKCUAGAGGGCGCUUUAAGGCUCCAGUGAAAAUGUUUCAGCCACUCUGAGGUUUGAAAUAAGWAA